AUGCACUGGGCAGCAGCGGUGGCGGUACUCUUUGUUGUGGUUACGAAGUUUCUACAAUACACAGCCAAAUAUCACGAUAAAUGGAUCUCUCAAAUGGCACCAGGGACUGAAUUGUCCAAGAAGUAUUUAGUCAAGAUGAAAGAGCGUCAUGAAUUAAAAGAGUUCAACAAUUCCAUUUCUGCUCAGGAUAACUAUGCUAAAUGGACCAAGAAUAAUAGAAAAUUAGAUUCAUUAGACAAGGAAAUAAAUGACUUGAAAAAUGACAUACAAUCACAAAACAAGGCUUUCCAAGGCCAUCUCCACAAGUUGAGACUAUUGACAAUAACGGUGCCAUUCUUUGUAUUCAAGAUUGUGUACGGUAAGGUCCCCGUUUACAAGUUGAGCUCUUCGACGAGCACCUUAUUCCCUACCUUUGUCACAGGUGUUUGGUCUCAAGGCUGGUUGUAUGUCAUAUUACACCCACUAAGAACCAUCUCUCAAAAAUGGCAUAUCAUGGAAAACAAAUUUGGCGCCGCCAAGUUUGAUGCCAUGGCUUUACAAGGCGUUUCUUUGGGGAUCUGGGUCUGGGCAUUGAUGAACGUCAUCAGUGGACUAGAAUUCAUCAUUAAUCAACUGUUCUUGGCUCCCAAGAUGGAACCACCUGCGGUGUUAGAGACUCAAGAAGAAAAAAUCUUGGAUGUUGUCGACGAUACCGUUAUUUUAGAUUAG